CUCGUUCCCUCACCAACAUCAUCCAUCCAUCCAUUCAUUUCCUCCACCUCUGCGACACUCGUUACUUAUUGCCUAUUUUCGACUGACUAUCGCCCUCCGAUUUAGCAUAGUCAACGACGCCGAUCGUUCUGUCAACUCAUCUCUACCGCGCCCUUCAACCUUCAUCGACACCCCUCGACAAACCUUUUCACCUCCCUCAACAACCUUCCUUCGGUCACCUAGCCUCUCGGAAUACUUCAUCUUCGGGCGUCCUGUCUACCUCCAUAUCCUCGUCGGCCGUGUACAUCCUUCGUCUAAGUCGCUUGAGGGCAUCCGCCCACAAUGGGCUUCGGGUCUUUUGAGACAGUAUGCGAGCAGUCAGCCCUCCCUCUGUGCUAUUUGCUCGGCACGCCCACCGACUUUACCGCUGUACAUAACCCGGCUCUACUACCAGCAUGCAGUGCUCGAUCGAUUGAACUGGCAAAUACCAUUAUUUUCCAAGCCGCAACCGAUUUCGCGCACAUAGCCGCCCUGGGCAUGACCGCCAUCAUGAUCUUCCACGUUCGCUCCAAGUUCACGGCUGUGGGACGGAAAGAGAUCUUGACAUUCUUCUACAUAUACAGCUUGUUGACCAUGACAAGCCUGGUGCUGGACGCCGGCGUGAUACAAGCCACACCUGAAACUGCUUACCCCUGGUUCGUGGCGGUACAAAAUGGGCUUUCAAGCGCCCUCUGCACGAGUCUGUUGAUCAAUGGGUUCGUAGGCUUCCAGCUGUACGAAGAUGGAACAACCCUUUCCGUUUGGCUGCUACGCCUCAGCAGUCUGGUCAUGUUCAUCAUCAGCUUUGCCGUCAGUUUGCUUACGUUCAAGGGCUGGGCAGGCCUGUCACCAACCAACACCACUGGCCUAUUCAUCGUGCUGUUCAUGAUCAAUGCCAUUUGCCUGGCGGUCUACUUCGUCAUGCAAGUCAUCCUAGUCGUCAACACCCUGCAAGAUCGGUGGCCAUUGGGAGAUCUCGCCUUCGGAGCAUUUUUCUUUGUCAUCGGGCAAGUCAUUCUGUAUGUGUUCGCCAAGCAGAUCUGCGAGGGAGUCAAUCACUAUCUCGACGGACUGUUUUUCGCAACUGUGUGCAAUUUAUUGGGCGUCAUGAUGGUGUAUAAGUAUUGGGACAGCAUUACCAAAGAAGACCUCGAAUUCAGUGUCGGUACGAAGCAAGGCCAUUGGGAUGUCAAAGAGGCCCUUCUUGAGCCCAGCGCGAGCGAAGAGUUCCGAACAAGCGUUUAUGGCGCUGGUCGAGACAGUGUUUACGAGUCACCUAGCAUGGAAUAUCCACCUCAACAUCCUCACCAGUUUCCCUCGGCUAGAGACCAUCGAAAUUCUGGCUAUGGCAAUUUGAUUGAAGCCAGGCAUAGUUAUGGAGACGUCCGGAAACAAUUGGGAAGUUAUGAUGAUUAUGAUACGCAGCAGCCAGUGAGGACGCGAGAGAGGGAAUAUGCUUAUUGAACGUCCGUGAAAACAACAUGAGUUCUGCGUGUCGUCUGGCGAGUAUUUGGAAGCAAGUCAAGAAACUAAAGCACCAAGGGGGGGCAUGUGCCACAUCUGGCAAUCAGACAACAGAUCGGAGAAGGUCUCAGCCAUAUGGCGAUAAUGAAUCGGUUUAUGCAUGAAAGCCUGGGCAGGUAUUAUCACGAAAGCAUAGGCAUCUGAAUAGAUUUAGCGUGGCAUAAGUAUCGUUACAGGACGGAAUAUCAAGGAUAUAAUCAUCGUUCAUACGGUGUGGUUCUAGCUUUUGCC